CUCCUCGGAAAGUGUUUUUCUAUCGACUGCUGCUUCCAGAGCUGCCUGCCUGCCUGCGUGUGAGGAUUAGAGCCGUCUCCGUUACUUCUCUCCUCUCUCCUCUCUCCACGCGCCAACCUGACAUUCCUCCACACGUCUCAACCGUUGGCUUCAUUUAUCUCUCUCACUCUCUUUCCACUGCUCGCUUUACUGUUACACUGUACUCGUGCCUCUCUCACACUCACAAACGCUCUCUCAUUCUCUCACUCUCCAUCCCCUGCGCUCAUACCUCUGGACUGGUGUGUUUUCCUCUCCUGCAUGGACGUCUCCUCUGAGUAAACACAUGGUGGUGAAAGAGCAGGCUUUCACCACCAUGAACACCAUCAACACCACUGUCUCCAUCAGCACCAUCACUACCACUAUAAUCAGCACCAGCUUUACCUGCAGCUGUUUCAGCCUUCAGAGAAAAAUAGAGAGAGAGAGAGAGAGUAUGUGUGUGAAACAGAGCAAGUGAGGGAGAGCUCCACGCUGUGUGAAGCUGCUCAGCCAGCUCUGUCCUCAAGCUGUCCUGUGCAGUGCUGUCUAAGGGGAUCCUCUGGAAAAGGGACUGCACAACGCUUCUACAGCUCUCUGACGAUGUGAUUGUGGAUACAGCAGCUCUGUCUGCAAGGAGACAGUCUCUCCAUCGCAUGGUGGACAGACCCAAGAGAAACAGCCAACUGUCAACUAAGAACAAAGGAAAACACCCUUUAUGAACAUCAACUUUGGGAUACCAUGAAUUUGUCUGUAGAGGCGCCUGGGAACUGGAACUGAUGUGGAUGGGACUGAGGGUGUAGCAGACAGAGUGGGACUGUCCCACUCACAUCUCCCAUGCUGCCCUCCCUGUGAUUGGCGAGACUGCUGGGUGGAGACAGUAGUGUCCCACAGUGGAACCUACCCAGAGUGUGUGUGUGAGGAGACCCAGGUGCCAGACUGAGCCCUGAGAUGUCACCCAGGACCAGGUGUGGAUGUGGAUGUGUGUCUGCUUGUGAACUGGCUCUGAUUCUCUUCCUGCUCCUGGGAGGACCAGAGGUCAGCCUGCAGGGCAGGGCGCCAGGCAGACACAGGAACAAGGGAGGAUCUCGCCUUCGUCAGGAUGACUCCCCUCCCCGGAUAGUGGAGCACCCUUCUGACCUCAUUGUGUCCAAGGGGGAGCCAGCCACCCUCAACUGCAAGGCGGAGGGGCGUCCUGCCCCCACGGUGGAGUGGUACAAGGACGGGGAGCGUGUGGAGACGGACCGGGACAACCCCCGUUCCCACCGCAUGUUGCUGCCCAGCGGCUCCCUCUUCUUCCUGCGUAUCGUCCACGGCCGACGCAGCAAGCCAGACGACGGCAGCUACGUGUGUGUGGCCCGUAACUACCUGGGGGAGGCAGUGAGCAGAAACGCAUCAUUAGAAGUAGCAUUGUUGCGUGAUGACUUCAGACAGAACCCCCAGGACAUGGUGGUGGCAGUGGGGGAGCCUGCCACCCUGGAGUGCCAGCCUCCUCGUGGGCACCCUGAGCCCACCACCUUCUGGAGAAAAGACAAGGCCCGUCUGGACCUCAAAGGUGACAGGGUCAUGGUACGCGGAGGGAAGUUGACCAUCUCCAACAGCAGGAAGAGUGAUGCAGGGAUGUAUGUGUGUGUGGCCACCAACAUGGUGGGGGAGAGAGACAGUGAGACGGCUCAGCUCUCUGUGUUCGAGAGACCCACGUUUGUCCGUCGGCCGGUGAACCAGGUGGUCCUGGUGGAGGAGAGUGUGGAACUCAGGUGUCAGGUACAGGGAGACCCACCUCCCUCAUUACGCUGGAGGAAGGACGACGUGGAUAUACCCCGUGGCAGGUAUGACAUCCGAUAUGAGAAGGAGGAUUUCCUCCUGAGAAUCAAGAAGGCGUCGGCCGGGGACCAGGGGACCUUCACCUGCGUGGCCGAGAACCGUGUGGGCAAAGUGGAGGCCUCGGCUACUCUCACUGUCAGGGCUCGUCCUGUUGAGGCUCCCCAGUUUGUGGUGCGACCCCGGGACCAGAUCGUGGCUCAGGGGCGCACAGCCACCUUCCCCUGUGAGACCAAGGGCAACCCCCAACCCACUGUGUUCUGGCAACGAGAGGGCAGCCAGGAUCUGCUGUUCCCAAGCCAGCCAGCCCAGGGAGACAGCCGUGUGUCAGUGUCAGUCAGUGGAGAGCUGACCAUCUCCUGUGUACAACGCUCUGAUGCAGGCUACUACACCUGCCAGGCCCUCACUGUGGCCGGCAGCAUCCUGGCCAAGGCUCAGCUGGAGGUGGCAGACGCCUCGAAAGACCGACCCCCGCCUAUCAUCCGGCAGGGCCCAUCCAACCAGACGCAGGCUGUGGGGGGUGUGGCCCUGCUGAGGUGCCAGGCGUCAGGGGACCCGGAGCCCACCGUCACCUGGCUGAAGGACGGCCUCAGUCUGCUGGGGAAGGAUCCUCGCAUGGCCCUGCUGGAGCCUGGCAGCCUGCAGAUCCAGAGCACUAGGUUGUCUGACUCUGGGCUGUACACCUGUGUUGCCACCAGCUCAAGUGGGGAGACCUCAUGGAGUGCCUUCCUGGAUGUUAGAGAGUCCAGUGAUCUCACAGACUCUAUGUCCCACAAUGCCAGUGCCCUCCCAGGGCCUCCGUCUAAGCCAGAGGUCACUGAUGUCACCAAGAGCAGUGUCUCGUUGUCAUGGGAACCUGGGCCUGAGGAGGGCUCACCGGUCACUUCCUACGUCAUCGAGGCCUUUGGUCAGCUGGUCAGCAACAGCUGGCAGACUGUGGCUGACCACGUGAAGACCACACAGUUCACAGUCAAAGACCUGCGACCGAACACGGUCUACCUGUUCCUCAUCAGAGCGGUCAACGCCCAGGGUCUCGGAGACCCCAGCCCCAUGUCUGAGCCAGUCCGCACACAAGACAUCAGUCCUCCAGUGCAGGGUGUUGACCAUCGUCGUGUCCAGAAGGAGCUGGGUGAUGUAGUGGCCAGCAUGCAUAACCCUGUGGUCAUCAGCUCUACCUCUGUCCAGGUCACAUGGACCGUGGAGAACCCUUCCCAGUUUAUCCAGGGCUAUCGUGUUCUGUACAGGCAGACGUCAGGUCUGCCCUCCCCUGGGGCCUGGCAGGUGCAGGACCUCAAGGUUCCGUCUGAGAGAGACGUGGCGCUGUCUGCCCUGAAGAAGGGCGUUGUCUAUGAGAUAAAAGUCCGUCCGUACUUCAACGAGUUCCAGGGAGCAGACAGUGAAUCAAUGACAGCACGCACCUUGGAGGAAGCGCCCAGCGCUCCUCCUCAGCAGGUGACAGUGCUGACAGUGGGGAACCAUAACAGCACCUCCAUCAGCGUGUCCUGGGACCCCCCUCCCGCAGAGCACCAGAACGGCAUCAUCCAGGAGUACAAGAUCUGGUGCCUGGCGAACGAGACACGUUUCCAUGUGAAUAAGACGGUGGAUGCGGCCAUCCGUUCCGUGGUGGUGGCGGGUCUGCAGGCGGGGGUGCAGUACCGUGUGGAGGUGGCGGCAGGCACCAGCACCGGUGUGGGGGUGAAGAGCGAGCCCCAGCCCAUCGUCAUAGGUGCAGAGCUGCGUGAUGUGAUCACGGGGGCGGAGGGCAACAACAGCAUCUCAGACGUGGUGAAGCAGCCGGCCUUCAUCGCUGGGCUGGGAGGGGCCUGCUGGAUCGUCCUCAUGGGCUUCAGCGCCUGGCUCUACUGGAGGAGGAAGAAGAGGAAGGGCCUCAGCAACUACGCAGUUCAGUCCUUCACCUUUACCCGUGCAGUGACGUUUCAACGAGACAGAGGACUGAUUGAAAAUGGAAGUCGUCCUGGUCUACUGAAAGCCGGUGACCCAGGAUUCCCCUGGUUGGCUGACUCCUGGCCCUCCACCAGCCUGCCGGCCAACGGGGGCCUGGGAGGUCCCAAGGACCGGGGUAACUUUGGUCGUGGAGAUGUGCUACCCUCCGGAGUGGGUGAGAAGACGGGUACCAUGCUGUCUGACGGCGCCAUCUACAGCAGCAUAGACUUCACAGGCAAAGCUGGUUACAGCAGCCCAGCACGGGGCUUACAGGCCACACCCUACGCCACCACCCAGAUCCUGCAGUCCAACAGCUUCCAUGAGCUGGCUGUGGACAGACCAGACCCCCGCUGGAAGGCUUCCCUUCGAGCCCAGCAGGAGAUGGCCAACCUGGGCUACUCACUGACCGAUGGACGCCCCUGUAACGGUGGAAAGGGCGGCAAGAAAAAGAAGUCGAAGGGUGGGUCGAAGACCUCCAAAUCCAAUGGGUCCUGUUGGGUCAACAUGCCCCUGCCUCCCCCACCCAUGCACCCUCUGCCAGGCACUGAGGUGGACCACUACCCCCUAGAGAACCAUGGAGGAGGGUAUGACAGUGACAGCUGGGCCCCGCCCCUUCCUGUCCAGACUUACCUUCACCAGGGAUUGGACGACGAUCUAGAGGAGGAGCGAGUGCCCACCCCGCCCCUCAGGGGAGUGGCCUCUUCCCCGGCAGCAGCUACCUACAGCCAACCGUCAUCCUCCUCCCUAAGCUCCACCCACCAUGAGGAGAUGCAGUCCAUGCUGCAGGCCCACCUGGAUGAGCUGACCAGAGCCUACCAGUAUGAAGUGGCCAAACAGACAUGGCAUAUGAAGGGCAGCCCACACCCGCCCAAGGCCCCUGUCCCUCCGAUGGGCUAUGUGUCUAGCACGCUGGGGUCUGACUUGGGGACCAACCUCCAGUGUGAGGAAGAAGAGGAGGAUGAAGGCUACGGAGUGUCACGUCAGCUCUGUGGCUUUGACUACACUGCUGGACUCAGCAUGGACAACCUGGAGGGCUCAGGUAAAGGGUACUCCCAGCGGGGUCGGCCAGGUAGCUCAGGCUCCACAGAGAGCAGUGCUCUGGGCACACAGAGCCUCGGUCACCAGAAGGCCACGCACACUGGACGCAAACCCCGGGCAGAAACUGUUGGGACGCUGCCUAGACGGAGAGACACCCCCACAGAUGCAGCCUCUCCUGCCCCAGAGCAGGUCAACAGUGUGGGGGCCAGGCUGCAUGGUUCAUGGGCGGCCGGAGGCUCGGACCCCCCUGAGGAGUGUAUGGUCUCCACGCUGGAGCGGCAGCACAUGGCCUCCUGGAGCGGCACUCCCGCCAACAUGGGCACCCUGGGCAGGGCCCGCCACAGGGCUGGGGCUGGCAUUGACCACCCACACAACAGCCACAAUGGCCACCCGCCUCCCAACAGCACCGAGCAGAACUACGGAGAACGAUAGUCUUUGUGAUGAGUCGGACCCUCCAGUGCUGCCUGUCUAUAAGUGCAAUGAGAUUUCCUCUCUCCAAAUGCUACAGGACGGAGGAUGGAGAAAUGUCAGGAAGUGGAAAGAGUGUGAGGGAAACGCAGAGCUGUUUAAUGUGAUGUACAGACACACAGACACGUCUCACAGUGUUCUUUUUACAGUGUUACUUUCAUCCUUCCUUCCAAUAUAAUAUUCUGUAUGUCACUUGCCCCUCCUGUUUCAUGUCACAAGAUGUACAGUAAGUCACUCUACAUUAAUGAAGUAAAAUCACUACAGUUAAGCUAUUGACUCAUGAAAGUGAAAGGACUUGCAUUUCUUUGUAAAUAGGUUUUGUAUUUUCAGUUUUUCUCUUGUUUUGCUUCGCUAUGCAAGCCAAAAUCUGACAUUGAAGUUGUCUCUUUUACUUGUAAUUUUACAUUGUGAGUUGAUGGACUUGUGGUGCCACAUUCGUUUUUCAUAAAUGCUUGAAAUACUUAUUUUAUUUUGAUGAAACUACUGUAUUGUUUACUUUGCACAGAGCGUUGGGUGAUAAUAAGCACAAAGUCAUCAGCUGAGCUGAAAGAAGAAUGAAGCGGAGGAGUGUCUAUAAUAGAACCUAAUAGAUAAUAUAUGACAGAACAUGCUUUUCAGAGACACAGAUGUAUUGAGAGAUAUAAUGUUAAAAAAAAACGGCCACAUAGAAAACGUUAAGAUGUGAUGUUUUUUUUCUUCUUGUUCAAAUCUGCGGUGGUUUGUGAGGAUGAUCCGGCCAGUGUGCAUUGUACUGCUUGGCAGUCUGUUUCCCAUACAGUAUAUUCCCAUGACAGUGAGGCAGCGGUACUUGUAUUCCAAAAAUGAAUGACUGUUCAGAAUAAUCGAUAAAAGGUGAAACCAUCUACGCGUAACAUUUAAAGUGUAGAUGCGAAGGGCAGAGGCGAAGGGCGGCAGCUAGUUGUUGAUAGGGAGGCGUUGGGCCAACAGAGCGCCACUCAGGUGUGUGGUCAGGUGGGGACAGCUGUGUGCACAGAUGGACUCUGUCAGUGUUGCCCAUGGGAACAAAGUAAGAUGAAGAGAUGUUGGCCUUGAGACGACUAGCUAAUCCCAGACCGGGUUUUCAUAGCUGUCAGUGACUGGUAAACAUGAUUAACAACUAUAUGCAAUUAGAUUUGAAUAAUACACCCAUCAUAGAUAUGAUGGCCGUCUGUUUUAAUCCUACCGGUGCAGUAUAAUGUGGCCCCUAUCUACGACCCUGGCAACACACCGGUGACACUCAUCAGGGUUAGUGAGGAAUAGUGAGCCCCUCGCCUAAUCAGCAUAUCCUCAACGCUGUAACCAGUCACGGAGGGCAGCUGGUUGCUAGCUUCACAAUGCAGUGUUUUCAUUCACUUCUUUGUUCUUUUCUGGUUGUUCUUUGUAUUGGCUUCACCUGUAAAGACUCUGUACCUGCCAGAUCCGGUCUGCCCUCUGAAAUACUCAGGCACGUACAGUGUGGCCGUUCAUACGAUGCAAAUAAAACGUGUAUGUGGAAUCAAC